UUGCGAGAGUCAUGUUGCCUAAACAAUGUCAUGAAGACCCACCUAACUACAUACGGUGCAAACCCAGCACGACAACGAAAAAGCUCAGGCCAUGAAGGUGGGUACGACUGCUGGGCCAACUUGGGCGGCGGUUACUCUCGGCAGUUGGAGCUGUUGCUUGGCCACCUCAAUUGCGUUCCGCCAGGCGACCACCAUCAGGCCUAGCCCUUGACCGAUCGGGUGACCCUCCAUGAGUUGACUCUGUCUGGAGGCGGUAACGUAGUUACUCCCAUACGCGUCCACUCCAUCUUCACGCUGCGCGCAGGUUCGCAAGUCCUUGACAUUCCCUUCUGGGUGUUGGCCGGCGUCCUGGAGGGCGACAGCACAGGCUGCCACGGCGGAAUCCCACCAGGCUGGCUUAUCGAAGAGCACAUAUCGAUCUACGCCAAAAGCGUCGAGGAGGAAGGGGUACGUACACCCAGGAGUCUGUGUGGGAGUUCUGCAUUUGGCGAACCGCGUAUACCUCCCACGAAACGACGGCUGGAGGGAUAGAAAGGUCUGGCCUCUCCGUCCCACGCCGGCCUCGGCCCUGCCCCCCG